CGCAAGAAUUGAGAAAGCGAAGAAAAGUUACCAAAGCUCCAUUGCUCUCUCCUUCAAUCAAAAUCAAAACGAGAGAAGCAAUGAUCCCUGUUUAGAAUUUUCAAGUCCUGAAGUGAAAAUGGACAAGAUCAGGGGAUUCCACCAGUCUCUUGUCGGAGCGGACGAAGAGCAAGAGGAGGAUUUUCUAGGCGAAUUCAGUGGCUCAUGCUCGCUGUCUCCUGUUCAGAGGUUAUAUGGGUGUGCUGCGUGUUUGGUUGCGGGCUUGGCUUUUAUGCUACUGUCGCUCAUCGUUUUCUACAGACCUGUCAAGUUUGCGGUACUAUUCAGCUUCGGUAACCUACUGGCAAUAGGAAGCACAGCCUUCCUCAUUGGGCCAGUGCAACAAACGAGGAUGAUGCUUGAUCCAGUCCGCUUUUAUGCUUCUGCUAUAUAUGUUGGUAGUGUUGUUCUUGCCCUCAUCUGUGCUCUUUGGAUUCACAACAAGGUUUUGACACUCAUUGCUAUUAUAAGCGAGAUUUGCGCCCUUAUAUGGUACAGCUUGAGUUAUGUCCCUUUCGCUCGAAGAAUGGUUUCAGAAUUGCUGAUAAGCUGUUGCGAUACUGAGAUUUAAGCUGGCAUUGAACUCAUGCUGUUUGCCAAAUUUUAUUCUCGUCAUGAUGUUUUAUGUUCAUGAUUGUUGAUUUUUGCUACAACUACACUCCUUAUUUUUUCUACUCAAUUUAUAUUUGAUUUAUAGCUGAAGGCUGAUCUGAUUUGGGCCUGUGAUAUGUGUGAGCACCAUUUUAUGUAUCAUUUUGUUGUUCGCUCAAUGUUUGUAUUUCUUAUCGACCGUGUUGGUUCAAAAACAAGACAACUCUUUGAAGCUAUUGCAUGAAUAUCUGGCUUUGUUUGUUUUA